AUGAUUAACGCAGUGCUUGUAUUCAACAAUAAUGGCCAGCCACGGCUGACCAAGUUCUACACACAACUGGACACUCAAACACAGCAGUCUCUCAUCGCGCAAAUCUACCAGCUUGUUGCACAGAGACCGGCAAGCGCAUGCAACUUCCUCCCUCUGCCCCCGCUCCUCUCGCAGGGCGCCAGCUCUGGGGCCUCCGGACCCUCCGACGCGCCUACGCAGAUUACCUACCGCACCUACGCUACCUUAUCAUUCAUUAUGAUCUCUACAUCUAUGGAGUCACCGCUUGCCCUAAUCGAUCUGAUCCAGGUGUUUGUGGAGUCAUUGGACCGCAUGUUUGAGAACGUCUGCGAACUCGAUCUCAUCUUCGGCUACGAGACGAUGCACGCUGUCCUCAGCGAGAUGAUUGUUGGAGGCGUUGUGGUUGAAACAAACACCGAGAGGAUUGUCGCAGGUGUGCGCAAUCAAGAGGGCUCCGCAGGAAAGAGGAAGGCUGUUCAAGCGGCCAGUUCUGGUCUGGGACGAGGUGCACUCCCGAGUCUGGGGGGUUGGAGGUGA